AUGAUUUCCAGUGGAGUGAACGGUAGCGCUCGCAGAAGAGCAGUCAGAGUUGCGAACUGUUCGGGAGCUGCAGGCGACCCUGGCUAUCAGAUGCUCAGACAAGCUACACAAGGACCUGUCGACUUCAUCACUGGCGACUACCUGGCGGAGGUCAACCUCGCUGAAAAUGCUGAGGCAAUGGCUGCCGGCAAGCACAAGGGCUACGCCGAGACUGCUUGGGACGGCAUCAACCAAAGUGCUGAGGUUCUCGCCGAGAAAGACAUCAAGGUAAUACUCAAUGGCGGUGCACUCAAUCCUAAAGGAUUGGCUCUGAGAGUAGCAGAUAUGCUCAAGACUAGGAACAUCAACCUUUCGGUCGCUUAUGUUGAAGGAGACAAUCUCUUGACAGAGGUCAAGAGUCAAGUCGAAGCUGGCAGGCUUCCUGUGCAUCUGGAUAGUGCCAACUCGAAUGUCAUUCUUCAUGACCACGUCGAUGAUCUGAUCAAGCCAGAGCGUGCAGUUGUCUCCGCAAACGCCUACCUCGGUGCUCGCGCAGUCGUAAAGGCUCUCGAGAAGGGUGCCGACAUCGUCAUCUGUGGACGCGUUGCAGAUGCCAGUCCUGUGAUAGGAGCUGCAUGGUGGUGGCAUGGCUGGAAAGACACCGACUACGACCAACUUGCCGGUGCUCUCGUUGGUGGUCAUCUAAUUGAGUGUAGUGGUUACAUGACUGGAGCCAACUUCGCUGGCUUCGACGAAUACCCUCUGGAAUCCCUCAUCGACCUGCCAUUCGGCAUUUGCGAGAUCGAAGCCGAUGGUACUGUAGUUGCGACAAAGCACGACAACACCAAGGGUAUGGUCAAUGCAGAUACUAUCAAGGCACAAUUCCUGUACGAGUUGCAAGGAGACAUCUAUCUCAACCCAGAUGUCAAGGCCUAUCUCCAUGACAUUCGUGUUGAGGAUAUUGGCAAAGACCGCGUACUCGUGACAGGAGUGAAGGGAGCUCCUCCACCUCCUACUACGAAGUUGGCUGUAUUCUACAGAGGCGGCUUCGAGGCACAACUUCUUUUCAAUGCAGCUGGCUACGCAACCGAUCACAAAUUUGCGUUGUUCAAACAACAGUUUGAAUGGAACUUGAAGAGAGUUGGUGUCUACGAUCAAUUCGACACUCUUGAAUUCCAGCACAUUGGUCGACCUGCACAGAACCCUCAGACGCAAUUCGCCAGCACCACUUACUUCCGACUCAUUGCACAAGGACCCAAGCAGGAGGCUUUUGGAAGAUUACUUCUGGCUUUCAGGGACUUUGGUAUGCAGCAUUACUCAGGCAUGCACUGCUCUCUCGACUUCCGCACUGCCAUGCCGAGACCAUACCUUGCCUACUACCCCGCCAUAGUCAACCAAGACGGCAUCAAGGAGACAGCCACUAUACUCGACGCAUCAGGCAACAUAAUAGAGACUAUCGAUGCAGGCCACCCAUCACGCUACGAAGACCUCGAGCAGCGUCAAAACUACGAAACCACUUCACCCAUCAACAUCAGCACUCUUGGAGCAACACGCACCGUCCGUCUCGGUGACGUUGCUCUCGGCCGUUCCGGCGACAAAGGCGCAAACAUCAACAUCGGUCUCUUCGUUCGCGAUCCUAAAGCCUGGGACUGGUUCCGCAGCUACCUGACCAAUGCCAGGAUGAAACAAUUGAUCGGCGGUGAUUGGAAGGAAGACAAGUAUUUCCUCGAGCGUGUCGAGAUGCCUCAUAUCCUUGCUGUCCACUUUGUCGUGUAUGGUAUUUUGGGAAGAGGUGUGAGUUCAGCGGUGAACCUGGAUAACUUGGGCAAAGGCUUUGCCGAUUAUAUCAGAGACAAGGAGGUUGAGGUGCCAGAGCAGAUUCUGGCGAGCAUUGGGCCUAAGCCUACUUUGCCUCUUUGA